AUGUGUUCUGAUGUUAACCCGGAAACACCACCAGUAUCAACCGCAAAAACGUGGAGCUCUCUGUCAACGCCACACACACCUUUGACCAGUCGUCGAGGAAAUAAGAUGCCAAAAUUGAUGAAAGCAGGAACACGUGAAGACUAUCCACCUGAUUUUCUGGAUAGUGUGGAAAGAAUCGGCAUUAUCUGUAACAGCUUAAGGAAACUUGAACAUCUGAGCCGAGAUGUGAAAAAGGAGUCUAAAGCCAAACAGAAAAUAUGGUGGAGAACCGGUGAGGCAUUUAAGGAAUACGGUGACCAAAUGAUGACACAGUCAUGCGCAGAGACUUUCCGAGAAGCUUGCAACAAUUUUUACGAAAUUAGCAAACUUUUUCCAAAGUUCUCAGAAGAUGUAGUCGUAGGCUUCAGUGAGGAGAUACGCAAAUUUAACAGAAAUGAAGUGAAGGAGGUAAAAGAAAAUCUGAAGAGUCUGGCGAAAGCUAGGAAGAACCUGGAAAAAGCGAAGAAAAAAGUAGCACGUCAAGAAAACGAGGCUACAACUGCAGCAGCAACAACAAUGCAGGGUGAACAUGACACAUGUUUCGCUACAGCUAAGGAAUCUAUGCUGAAAUUCAUGAGAGAAACAGCGUUCUUCGAUAAAAUAGCCGAUAAGUACGUCAAUGCCGAUCGUGAACUAUGUGAUAAAGUGUACGAGAUGCUCAAUUCAAAAGCUCGCUCAAACGAGGAACCUGGAUCGAAGAAAAGUGAUUAG